AUGAAGCUGUUGCGCAACGACUCUUCCACAGCCCAGAGACUCAUCACCAUGGUCCGAAACGGACUGUCGCAAGUCGUCCUGUCGGCACUUGCCUGCCAAGGUACCACCGCCGCCCUCGUCGGCAUCCCGACGGUCGACUACACCACCACCGCGUGCAAGCGCUUCGACCUGCAGCAGCUCAGCGGCAUCGUCGUCGACGCCCGCUACGCCGAUGCACGGGACACCCGAGGUUCUACGCUGGUUCCGCCAACCCUGGCCGACUUUGCUCGCACUUUCGCGGCGGAUCUCGCCAGUAGCCUUGGGAUUCAGACAUCCGUGUCGACAGCGUCGGCACCGCUAGAGCAAGGCAUCCACCUCACGCUUGAUCCGAACGGCAACUUCACCGACGCCGCAGGCCGCAUUACGCAGGAGGGCUACUCGCUGACGACCAACAGCUCGGGCAUAUUCAUUGCUGGCGCGUCUCCGCUGGGAGCGUGGUGGGCGACACGAACGGUGUUGCAGCAAGCCGCCAUCCGGGCAGUCUCCAAGAAUGUCACCGGGAUUCCGUACGGCCACGGCCGCGAUGCACCUGGCUGGGGCAUGCGCGGGAUGAUGCUGGACGCGGGCCGCCACUGGUACCCGAAAGAGUUUCUCAUCGAAAUGUGCAGCUACAUGUCGUAUUUCAAGCAAAACACGUUUCACCUGCACCUCUCGGAUAACUUGGUGACGCAGGACUACUACAGCUACGAGCAGUCAAUGUCGCUCGAGGCGAAUUUUCGCCUAUAUUCGGAGAAUGCAGAGUUGAACGGACUCAGCUCGCCGCGAGAUGUGGCUUAUACCCGUGAUGACUUUGAAGAGAUCCAGCAAAAGUGCGCCGCGCGGGGCGUUACCAUCAUGCCCGAGAUUGAAGCGCCAGGGCAUGCUCUGCGCAUCGUGCAGUGGAAGCCUGAGCUCGGCUUCCACUCUGAUCCAUCUCUUCUUAAUAUCAGCCACCCUUCCACUAUCCCAACGAUGAAGGCCAUCUGGGCGGAGUUUCUGCCAUGGUUCCACACUAAGCUUGUGUCUAUCGGCGCUGACGAGUAUCACGGGCCCGUCGCCGACUACAACCACUUCGUCAACACCAUGCACGACUUCAUCUCCAGUUCGUCCAACAAGACCAUGAGCAUCUGGGGCACGUUCCCACCCAAGUACGACGGCUCCUACGACAACAUCCACCAGGACGUCGCCGUCCAGCACUGGGAGUUUUUCGAAGACAAGCCGCUGACCGAUUACAUACGCAACAACUAUUCCGUCAUCAACUCGGACGACACUUACUACGUCGUCAACAAGUACUCUGAGAGCUACCCGUCUUCGCUUCCACUUGACAAGACCUUUUCCGCGGAUCCCUCCGUACCCGGCGGCGGACCGUGGUACCCCAACGUCUUCAGCGCCAAAGACGCCGCUCAGAACCCUUCCCGCAACGAGCCGCGCGUGCUCGGCAGUAUCGUCCCGAUGUGGAACGACUUCGGACAGAAUGCCACCGUCGUCUCGGAGGCAUACUACGCGUGGCGCGAAGGUCUGCCGGCCGUCGCGGACAAGCAAUGGGGCGGCAAGCUCACCCGCGCGCAGUUCGACACCGUGCUUCCCCAAGUACACCCGUAUGCACCAGGGCAGAACCUCGACCGGGCGAUCCCGUCCAAGGGAUCGACUAUUUUCCAGUACAGCUUCGAAAGCAUCCCAAGUCGCGUCGUCAAGGAUCUGUCCGGUAACGCCCACGUUGCGCACACGACCUGCAUGACGGAUCGCACCGCGCUUCAAAUCAGACCGGGAUGCGCCGUGACUCUUCCGUUCGCUUCCAAGGGCCGCGACUACACGCUUUCUAUAUCCAUUAAGCUCGACAGCAACAUGCGCUUCCAAAACGCCACCAUCCUCACGGGCACCGACUCUGCGCUUCUCCUCGCACCAACACUCACCCUGUUGGCAUCCAACAACUACUACCCGCUGAACCUGACCCUGCCAAUCAAUCAAUGGGUGGACGUGACGAUUCGCGGCAAGGGCGCGCAGACGUUUGGCUCUAUUCUCCCCCAGGAUGGGUUCCUCGAAGAGGAAGAGUUUCAAAGAGUCAUGGGAAUUGCGGGCAAAGAACUGCGGUGGGCGCCGAUUGCGGUAGAGGCGCCGCUGGGUACGGUGGCAGGGUUCAACGGUAUGCUGAGGAACUUGACGCUCACGAACAGCGCGUAA